AUGAUGGCUGCAGCGGCCGAUGGUUUGGGGAGUAUAGCGAUAGACACAACCCAGCUCAACAUGUCCGUGACAGACCCCACGGCCUGGGCCACCGCCAUGAAUAAUUUGGGCAUGGUUCCCGUGGGCUUGCCUGGACAGCAGCUCGUGUCUGACUCCAUCUGUGUACCAGGCUUUGAUCCAGGCCUCAACUUGAUGACUGGGAUCACCCCCAUCAACCCAAUGAUCCCAGGCCUGGGGCUGGUACCACCCCCGCCACCAACAGAAGUGACUGUCAUCAAAGAAAUAAUCCACUGCAAGAGUUGCACUCUUUUCCCUCAAAAUCCAAAUCUUCCACCUCCUUCCACAAGAGAACGGCCUCCUGGAUGUAAGACUGUGUUUGUCGGAGGAUUGCCAGAAAAUGCCACUGAGGAAAUUAUUCAAGAAGUCUUUGAGCAGUGUGGUGAAAUCACAGCGAUUCGGAAAAGCAAGAAGAAUUUCUGCCACAUUCGCUUUGCUGAGGAAUUCAUGGUUGAUAAAGCCAUUUACCUUUCUGGCUACCGGAUGCGAUUAGGGUCCAGCACGGACAAGAAGGAUUCUGGCCGCCUCCACGUGGACUUCGCCCAGGCCAGGGACGACUUCUACGAGUGGGAAUGCAAGCAGAGGAUGCGCGCCCGCGAGGAGCGGCACCGGCGCAAGCUGGAGGAGGACCGGCUGCGGCCGCCCUCCCCGCCGGCCAUCAUGCACUACUCUGAGCACGAGGCUGCUCUGCUGGCCGAGAAGCUGAAAGAUGAUAGCAAGUUUUCAGAGGCUAUCACAGUGUUACUUUCCUGGAUUGAACGCGGAGAAGUGAAUCGGCGUUCCGCAAACCAGUUCUAUUCCAUGGUGCAGUCGGCCAACAGCCACGUCCGCCGGUUAAUGAACGAAAAGGCCACCCAUGAGCAAGAGAUGGAGGAAGCCAAGGAGAAUUUUAAAAAUGCCUUAACUGGAAUCCUCACUCAAUUUGAGCAGAUUGUGGCCGUUUUCAACGCUUCUACCAGACAAAAAGCUUGGGACCAUUUCUCGAAAGCUCAGCGCAAGAACAUAGACAUUUGGCGAAAACAUUCUGAGGAGCUCCGGAAUGCUCAAAGCGAGCAACUCAUGGGCAUCCGCCGCGAAGAGGAGAUGGAAAUGUCAGAUGAUGAGAAUUGUGACAGCCCAACCAAAAAAAUGAGAGUCGAUGAAUCAGCCCUGGCGGCUCAGGCCUACGCCCUGAAAGAGGAGAACGACAGCCUCCGCUGGCAGCUGGACGCCUACAGGAACGAGGUGGAGCUGCUGAAGCAAGAGAAGGAGCAGCUUUUCCGAACAGAAGACAACCUCACCAAGGACCAGCAGCUGCAGUUCCUGCAGCAGACCAUGCAGGGCAUGCAGCAGCAAUUGCUGACCAUCCAGGAGGAAUUGAACAACAAAAAGUCAGAACUGGAGCAAGCAAAGGAAGAGCAGUCGCACACACAGGCGCUACUCAAAGUCCUCCAGGAGCAAUUAAAAGGUACCAAGGAAUUGGUGGAGACCAAUGGCCACAGUCAUGAGGAUACAAAUGAAAUCAAUGUGUUGACAGUCGCAUUGGUCAACCAAGACCGAGAGAACAACAUUGAGAAGAGAAGUCAAGGCUUAAAAUCAGAGAAAGAAGCUCUACUAAUUGGCAUCAUAUCAACGUUCCUUCAUGUCCAUCCUUUCGGAGCCAAUAUAGAAUAUCUUUGGUCAUACAUGCAGCAGCUGGACUCCAAGAUAUCUGCAAAUGAAAUUGAAAUGCUUUUGAUGAGGCUGCCUCGCAUGUUUAAACAGGAAUUCACAGGUGUGGGAGCAACGCUGGAGAAAAGGUGGAAGUUGUGUGCCUUUGAAGGAAUUAAAACUACCUAA